GAUUCAAACAGAUGCACCAUUUGUUAAACUACAUGCAGAGAAUCAAUAGAUCAUCAUCAGAUUAAUUAUUUAAAACAAUUAUCUGGACCACACCUACGAAGAUAGAUUCAAAGUGAGGAAUGUAUAUUUAUUUUAUGAAUGCGUAAAUGAAAGGAUGACGUUACCAAGAGAACCGCUUCAUAUUUUAGUUGAUCCCUCGUGUUUCUGUGUAUUUCAAGUACAAAAACUCAAAUGAACUGGAACGAACAAGUCAACAAAUGUAUUUCCAUUUCCAUCAGAUGCAUCUAGUGACCGACUGUAUGUCCUCUGUUGACCUCUACUGGCGAGCAGCGGCAACUGCAACAGUGCGGUCAGGUCCAUGCGUCCUCCCCUCCUCUCACAGACAGACACUCACAUAUAACUAAUUAACAGUUACAGAAAUGUCUGGUUUCACAUUAUAACAAGCAACUACGGUGACGUAGCUGUUUGAUCCAUUUUUAUAAAUUAUAAUCAACAAAGUAAGUCAACAAAGUUCUUUUCAUAAAUAGUUUAUUUUACUUCUUUAAACCUUGUCAGACAUUUUAUUCUGAAAUAAAAAAAUGUGUUAAGACAAUCUAAUAUUUAUGUUAUAGACCUACAGUUUAUUUUUUAAUUUGUAUUUAGUUUGUCUAUUAUUUUAACAUAUUCUUUAUAGUUCCAAAACAACUCUAAACUCCAAAUAUUAGUUUACUAUUAAAUAUACUAGCUACUACUGCUAGCCUACUAUAUCUAUUUAUAUUAUUUACACUACUAGCCUAUUACUAUAGCAAUAAUACUACUCCUACUACUACCACUAAUAAUAAUAAUAAUAAUAAUAAUAAUAAUGAUAUUUGAUCAUUUAACAAAAAGAAAAAAAAUGUUAUUCUUGUUUCAAACUAUUCAGAUUUGGCUCAGCAGGAAUAUGACUACGCACACGCGCGCGCACGCACAAACACGUACCUCCCCCGCCCCCCCCCCCACCACCACCACCACCCCCCUCGUGCGCCCCAUGCACGGGGACACUGAUGUGUGACAGUGGCGGAUGGCCUUGGCCACGCGGGACGCAGCCGCUGCGCUUCGCCUUCGCGGGACAGGUUCCACACGCGCCCUUUUUUUUUAGACUAGUCUAGCCUCGCGUCUUUUUUUUGUACUCUCUCUCGCUGUAACUCUCUGUUAUCCUCUCUCUGUGUCUCUCUCUCCCUCCCCCCUCCUCUCCCACUAACCUCUCCGACUCCUCGCUUGGUCGCCUCGAGCCCACCGGUGGGAGUAAGAGACAGAAGAAGAAGAAGAAGGACGGAAAGAAGUGAGAGAAGAAGAAGAAGAAGAAGAAGGAGGAGGAGGAGGAGAAGAAGAAGAAGCGCGCUGCCCGGAGGGAGACGUGUUUCGGAGGAGAGCGAUAUUGUUUUUCUUCUGGUCUCUGGUCGAUGGAUUUAUCACUGACAAUACAACAAUAUUUUAGCUAGAAAACAGAGUGAAGCAUGGGUGACUGGAGCUUUCUAGGGCGGCUGCUUGAGAACGCUCAAGAACACUCCACUGUGAUUGGAAAGGUUUGGCUGACUGUCCUCUUCAUCUUUCGCAUCUUGGUGCUGGGUGCAGCGGCCGAGGAGGUCUGGGGGGACGAGCAGUCAGACUUCACAUGUAACACGCAACAGCCCGGUUGCGAGAACGUCUGCUAUGACGAGGCCUUCCCCAUCUCCCACAUCCGCUUCUGGGUGCUGCAGAUCAUCUUCGUAUCCACGCCCACCCUUAUCUACCUGGGCCAUGUGCUGCACAUCGUCCGCAUGGAGGAGAAGAGACGGGAGAGGGAGGAGGAGCUCAGGAAGGCCGGACGGCACCAGGAAGACCACGACCCCCUCUUUCACAACGGGGUCGGUGACGGAGGAGGAGGAGGAGGAGGAGGCGGGAAAAAGGAGAAGCCGCCGAUUCGCGACGAGCACGGGAAGAUCCGUAUCCGCGGGGCGUUACUGAGGACCUACAUCUUCAACAUCAUCUUCAAGACUCUGUUUGAGGUGGGCUUCAUCCUGGGACAGUACUUCCUGUAUGGCUUCCACCUGAGGCCGCUCUAUAAAUGUGGCCGCUGGCCCUGCCCCAACACUGUGGACUGCUUCAUCUCCAGGCCCACGGAAAAGACGAUCUUCAUCAUCUUCAUGCUCGUGGUUGCCUGUGUCUCUCUGCUGCUCAACCUGCUCGAGAUCUACCACCUGGGCUGGAAGAAGGUCAAACAGGGGGUCACCAAUGAGUUCGUACCCGACACUGAGUCGCUGCUGCUCGGUCCGGACGAGCGAGGAGACUCGGAGACGAUUCCUGAGCAGACCGCCCCGUCGGUGCUCGACUGUCUGCCGGCGUACGCCAGUGUGACCGUGGUGGGGGCCGGAGCGUCGGGGGGAAGAGCUUACAGUCCAACAGAAGGCACCGCCCCUUUGCCCGCUGAGCUCAAGAUGGAUGGCGCAGGGUUCCACCCAGACGACUACCUGUUGGAGACCCUGCCCACUUCCUUUUACGGCGGCCGUAACAAAGGGAGCGUGGGAAGCCGCGGUCAGCUGACUGCAAUGGAGCAGAACUGGAGCAACAUGGCACUGGAGCUCCGCAAUGGAAAAAACUCCACCUCCUCCUACCCUCCUACUCUUCCCUCUCCUCCCACCUCCACCUCCUCCUCUCCUCAGGAGGAGUCGACUCCCGCGCAUGAGGAUCAACGCUCAAUGUUUCCCACACUUCCUCGUAAUACCCCUCUUUCCCCCCUCACGCCACAGGAGACAGCGUUGGAUGAGGAAAACACCACAGCGCCUUAUAUGGUCCCACACGACGACUUCACCGUGGUCACCAGGGCGGAGAUGCAUCAGCCUCCGUCUGCCGCGGCGACAGACAUCCGGAAGCCGAGUCGGGCCAGCAAGAACAGCAGCGUCCGAGCUCGCCCCGACGACCUGGCCGUGUAGCUAAAACCCACACACACUCACACACUCACACAACCUCACACACAUGCUGUAUACACAUAGAAAAACCUACAAAUGCACAACAGCAUUAAACCACACGAGCACGCCCUCCAGCAAAAGACUGACGCUCUGCAAGGCAGAUGUUAACUAGUAGAUUCAGCUGGAGUCGGCCGCUUAUUUUAAUCUCAGAAUUAUGAACCAGGAAUAGGGAAAGAAGGAGUUUGGCCAGAUUACACUGAUGGCACCCUGCUGAUGCCCUGUCUACACAUCAGUCAUAUCAGCAACAGUACGAAAAAGUGAGCUCAACUUUUAAAAACAUCAGCUCUGCAGAAAUCCUCCGGUAGCACAUCUGGAGUCGGUGCGGACAGAGGUCUGUGCACAUGUGAUCCAGAUGUGAGAAUUUUCUGUCAUUCACCAACAUUUUAAAGCAAUCAAAGAAAAAUUAAACACAACACUGUCGAACACGAACGUCAUAGUAAAAGACACAACGAUAAAAGUGAGGGAGGGGAGGAAGAAGCCGAAGAUAAAACAAAUUUACGAUCAAAAACUAAAGACACAACAAAGCAGAUAUUUGAUUUGAUUGAACAAAACAAACAAACAUAUAAAUAAAGGUUUUCAUACGUAUUUAACACGGAGCAUCUAAAUGAAGAAUUUUGUAAUAAUUUAAAUACCUGUUCUGAGGGUAUUUUCUUCAGGGUUUAAACACAAAAAGUGCCUUUUAAUAAUUCGUACAAAUUAUGAGAUUGUAGUAUGAAUAAUGUUAUUUUUUAAUCAAUUUAUUGUUUUUAAUUCUGUUGUUGAGCACAACUCUCAUGAGAGUUUUUAGAGGCGAGACUCAGUAAAAGCCGAUUCUCGCCAGUUUGCAACUUUUUUUUUUUCUGCAUCACUAAUAAUCAAGUGCGACAAAACGAAACCACCAUGAAGCUGGUUCUCCGACUGAAACGUGCACUUACCGUGUUUAAACUGUGUCGUUAAAGUAAUAGUUUGACAUUUUGGGAAAUAAUCAUGUCCGUGCGUUGACCGUGGAGUCAGUUAGCUUAGCUUAGCUUAGCUUAGCAUAAAGACGGGAGAACGGGGAAACGGCUAGCAAAGCAGCUCACCACACAGCUCAAAAUACAAUCCAAUAUGAACACUAGUAUAAUUCAUUCAGCAAAUUUAAACUGUAGAUUGUAUUUAAAUGUAAAGUUCACGAUGUAAAGUGUAAACAGCUCCAGAUGUGUGACGCAGCGAAGGUCAACAACGUUAAGGGAAAACAGCGUGACGGUAAACAACAAUCCCAAACUGGAUUUUCCCACCAUUGUGUGAACACAUCAUUAAAAGAUACCUGUAGCUGUGUGUUUGAGCUUUGACGAGCCAGGCUAGCUGUUUCCCCCCGCUUCCAGUCUUUAUGCUAAGCUAAGCUAAUCUAAUCGUCUGCUGGCUCCAUAGUGAAGGCACAGAUAUGAAAGCUGUAUCGAUCUUCUCCCCUAACUGUUGGAGAAAACAAAAAAAAAGGAAAAGAACAUACUUCCCAAAAAUGUAAACCCUUCCUUUAAGUGAUACAGGUGAUCCAACAUGGCUGCCAUGUUGGAGCCGGUGUGUGACGGCACCUAAAGUCCAGUGGAUUAAUGAUAACGUGCUCAGCACAAAGAGAGAGAUUAAGCGCCAGCAUGGCUGCUACUCACUGAUCUGGCCACGCUCUCUUUUGUUAGAGGAGUUGGACAGGGAGGGUGUACAGGCCCAUGAAAUGGGGAUCACAAACACACACACUUACAUACACACCCACAGUGUAUAUAUAUAUAUAUAUAUAUAUAUU